GCCAUAAGGGACUUUUAAUUUGGAGGUCGGUGGACAGGAUGUGCUUCAUACAGUGUCUUUGAUAAAUAAAACAUUUUUAUCACCAUCCUUGGCUGAUUUUUCAGUGAAGAUAUUCGUUACUGAUAGAAGAGAAGUCAUAAGGCAAACAUGAAUGACUAUGCAGUGCUGAACACCGGGCGAAAGAUGCCACUUGUUGGACUGGGGACGUGGAAGAGUGAGUCUGGAAAGGUGAAACAGGCGGUUAUAUGGGCUCUUCAGGCUGGAUAUCGGCACAUCGACUGCGCUUCGAUUUAUGGAAAUGAAUCAGAAAUUGGAGAAGCCUUUCAGGAGAUGUUGGGGCCUGAUAAAGCCUUGAAACGAGAAGACGUGUUUGUGACCUCCAAAUUGUGGAACACGAAGCACCAUCCUGAGGAUGUGGAGCCAUCACUGCUAAACAGCCUGAAAGAGCUGAAGCUGGAGUACCUGGACCUCUACCUCAUUCACUGGCCUUAUGCCUUUAAGCAGGGGGAUAGCACUUUCCCCAGAAAGGAAGAUGGGACCUUACUGUAUGAUGACAUUGAUUACAAGGUGACGUGGGCCGCCAUGGAGAAACUCGUCGAAAAGGGACUUGUGAGGGCUAUCGGGCUCUCUAACUUCAACAGCAGACAGAUUGAUGAUAUCUUGUCCGUGGCCAACAUAAAGCCUACUGUUUUACAGGUGGAGGGUCAUCCUUAUCUUGCCCAGGUGGAGCUUCUUGCUCACUGCAGGGAGAGGGGCUUAGUGAUGACUGCCUACAGUCCACUUGGCUCUCCAGAUCGUGCUUGGAAGAGACCAGAUGAGCCAGUUAUCUUAGAGGAGCCAGUCAUUGCAGCUUUAGCCAAGAAGUACAACAAAUCUCCUGCACAAAUUAUAAUCAGGUGGCAGACUCAAAGAAGUGUUGUGACGAUCCCAAAGAGUGUUACAGAGUCUCGCAUUAAAGAAAAUAUACAGGUUUUUGAUUUCACUCUUGAGCCUGCCGAGAUGGACAGUGUGACAGCAUUGAACAAAGGCUGGAGAUACAUUGUGCCAACUAUAACUGUUGAUGGCAAGCCUGUACCAAGGGAUGCAGGACAUCCCCACUAUCCAUUUAAUGAUCCUUAUUAAUGAAUACAUUGUACUGCAGAAUUAUGUGCCUUCCAAUCUACUUCGACUGGCAAAGCUGAACACAUAACACGAUACAUGUAGGUUUUUACCUUACUGAUGGGAGCAUUUUCACCCAUUUUUCAUUUCUCAGGCAUUAAGGUACUUGACAGUCUGUAUCUGUUUAUUGUUCCAAAUAUCCCUAUCUGUAUGUGGAUGACUUUUUUUGAUGAGUCUCAUAUGAUCCCAGUCCAGAUACAUAACUCUAGUUUCAACAAGAUGCCCUGUAAACCUUUUCGGACAGCUUUAUAAAAAUAAAACAUUAAACAAAUAGAGUUCCUCCUAUUUGUAUCUGUGUUUGUCUGUUUUAAACACAUUAUCUGUUCAGCCUCAGUGAUGUAUUCAUAUUUUCUUACACCCCUACUGCAGUUACUUGAUUUUGAAUGUGAUGAGCAAUGCCAUAUAAGGAACAUAUGAUUGUCAUGUAUUGUCAUGUACCUACAUAUUAUAAAGUUAGAAGAAAUGUAACUCGUAUUCUUACCAAGUGAAACUCACCAGAAGAACUAAAGACUGAAUAAAUGUGUGACUGAGAAUGUAGAAUUGA